AUGUUCACGGAGAUAUAUUUAAACCAUGCAAAUGAGACUAUCAAACGCAUGGUUGCGAAGAAUGAGACCCAUAGGAUCUCAAGGAAGAAAAUUGAGCUCCAGAUCCUGGAGGGGAUUGACAAUUCAGAAUUCCCUACUACCUUCCGGAUCAUCUUCUACUCGAUGGUCUUGCAUACCAACAAAUUUGACAUCUACUGGUUUGGCCAGCAGUUCCUCCAUGACCUGCCAAACUCAUCAAUCGCUCAAUUGAAGCCCAAGAUGUCCCUCCUUCAUGAUCUCGAAGGCACCAAUACUAUUGACACCCUCACAUCUACAUCCAACGAGGAGUCCGAAGCCUCAGACGCUGAGCAGAGUGAAAAAGACCAUCCAAAUGAUGACUCAGACAUAACAAAUGUCCUUACUCCAUCUGACGAUGAAGCCCCCUCCCAUAUUCAUCCUUCUAGCCCAUCUCCACUCCCACUAUACCCAACCCCUAGUACAACACCUGUCAAGAAAACGAAGUCCAUCAUCGACCACAUCAAUGAGACAGAAGGAGAAGACGAGUAUGACUACACAGCACAAGCGGCAGAUCUAGUAAUGGACGAUCCAUUAGACGAUGAGGACUACCUUGACCCUUCUUUUGAUGACUCAGUGGUGACAGCAUUCGGGGUACAAAUAAGCGGCCCAAGACGUGCUCCAGCCAUCUCUCCCGUCCCUAAAUCUGGCAUUUUAAAGUCAAAAACAUCCGCAAAGCGCAAACGAGGCAGUGGUCCUAAGAAAGAGGCACCAGCUCGCUCUAUUGGAGCAUCUAAAGCUAAAACGGCUAGAAAGAAAGGGACGGGCGCUGGAACAGGCGCCGGUGUUAGCAAGGCAAAAAGGGGUAAAGGAGUUGGCCUGAAGGAGAAAGAAAAAGGGAAGGCAAAAGAAGCUAAUCUAGCCUGA